AUGAAGGAUCCUGAUAUUAAAAUAUUAAAGGCCCAUAAAACUAAAGAAAGUGGCACAUAUAAUUACAUUGAAAGAAUGGUAACUAUUACUGAAGUGAACAACGACUCAAACUCAAAUUCUGCCUCCGCUUCCAGCGGUUCUGCCGCUCGUACAGCAGCUCAUACACAUAUUAAAGGUCUGGGACUUGACGAGACAGGUGUGGCCAAGAAUGUGGAAGGAGGGUUCGUAGGACAAAUUGAAGCCCGUGAAGCAUGUGGUGUUAUUGUGGACUUAAUUAAAGCCAAAAAGAUGUCAGGAAGAGCUAUUCUUUUAGCCGGUGGUCCAUCUACUGGUAAAACGGCACUUGCCUUAGCAAUCUCUCAGGAAUUGGGACCUAAAGUUCCAUUCUGUCCACUAGUUGGGAGUGAAUUAUAUUCCGUUGAAGUCAAGAAGACAGAAGCAUUGAUGGAAAAUUUCAGAAGGGCAAUUGGGUUAAGAAUUAAAGAAACAAAGGAAGUCUAUGAAGGUGAAGUUACAGAAUUGACUCCAGAAGAUGCAGAAAAUCCAUUAGGUGGGUAUGGGAAGACUAUUUCCCAUGUUGUAGUAGGGUUAAAGUCUGCUAAGGGUAGUAAAACCUUAAGAUUAGAUCCUUCCAUUUAUGAAAGUAUUCAAAAGGAGAAGGUUAACGUGGGAGAUGUUAUCUAUAUUGAGGCCAACACAGGUGCAGUAAAAAGAGUUGGUAGAUCAGAUGCCUAUGCUACAGAAUUUGAUUUAGAAACGGAAGAAUAUGUUCCAUUACCAAAGGGAGAAGUUCAUAAGAAAAAGGAAAUCGUCCAAGAUGUUACUUUACAUGAUCUAGAUAUCGCCAAUUCAAGACCUCAAGGUGGCCAAGACGUAGUCUCCAUGAUGGGUCAAUUACUAAAACCAAAGAAGACUGAGAUAACUGAAAAGCUAAGACAAGAAGUGAAUAAAGUGGUGGCAAAAUAUAUUGAUCAAGGUGUAGCAGAAUUAGUUCCAGGUGUUUUAUUCAUUGACGAAGUUAACAUGUUGGACAUUGAAAUAUUUACAUAUUUGAAUAGAGCCCUUGAGUCAAAUAUUGCUCCAGUGGUAGUCUUAGCAUCAAAUAGAGGUAUGACAACAGUACGUGGUACUGAGGAUGUUGUAUCUCCACAUGGUGUUCCACCUGAUUUGAUUGACAGAUUAUUGAUUGUGCGUACUUUACCAUACAAUAAGGAGGAGAUUCGUAGCAUUAUUGAAAGAAGAGCUAAAGUGGAAAACUUGGACGUGGUACCAGAAUCAUUAGAUCUGUUGGCAACUUUAGGGACAGAAACUUCAUUACGUUAUGUUUUACAGCUUCUAUCACCUGCAGGAAUAUUAGCCGAUACUGCUGGACGUAAAGAGAUACUGGUUAGUGAUAUUGAAGAAGCAAAGUUCUUAUUUUUGGAUGCCAAGAGAUCUACAAAAAUACUGGAAACCACUGCAAACUAUUUGUAA